UGAAUAUUGUAUAUAUUUGGUUUCGAAAAAAUUGGAGGGUUAAUAUGGAAACAAGAAAAAAUAACGAGGAGAAACCUGAAUGCUUAAAAAAAGGGCUGCGUGCGCAGCGCUUACAAGAUCUUUUAGAUAAGUCAUUGGGGCAAACGAUUAAAGCAUGUAGUUAUGAGCAGAUUGCAAAAUGUUUUCCUACAUUAGCUAAGAACUCACCAGAAGUUCUUAAAAAUGUUCAUGAGCAGGUUAUUUCAUUUUUAAGAAGUUCGUGUGAUAGGGAAUUUUCAAUUAUAUUUGAGGAGAGAGAUGUAAUUUCUAGAUUAAAUGAUCUUGAUGGACUUAUAAAUGAUGCGAAAUCUCGUCAAGAAAGGGGAGAUCCGUCAACUGUUUUAUCAGCUUUUCUAUCUCCAGAGCAUAUUAUUAAUUCAUAUCUUUAUCCUCUUAUGGUAAAAGAGCAUUCGGUAUUAAAAAAUCAGUUAGAAACUAUACAAGCGCAAAAUGAUAAUUUUUAUGAAAAAAUAUCUUCUCAACGUGAAGAAAUAAUGCAAUUAACUACUUUUAUGAAAAAAACAAUCGAAGAAUUGGAUCUUGCUGUACAACGUUCUAUUCAAACACCUAUACAAACUCUUCAAACGCAAAUGGAUGAAAUUGUUCCAAUUCUUCAGGCUGGAUUAUAGCCUUUAUCGAUAUUAUCUGCUUUUUUUAUUAUUUUAAUACUUUUU